AUGCUCCUCUCCUACCCAGUCACCUUCUACACCACCCCGCGCUACCAGAACGAGCCUUAUGUCUUCCCUCACCCAACCCUACCCCCAGACCGUUACCUCCGUCUGCCCCUCCCUCACACCGCCUCUUCCUACACCCCAGCACUACCAGCACCCCCGCCUAUGUCCUCCUACAGCUAUCUCUCAAAGAUACCAGACCGCUUCAUGUCCCUUCCCUACACGCUAUCCCUCCCUCAACAGCCAUACCCAGACCCCGUUUACCGCCUCUCCUAUCAGUUCUCCCCCUCACCACACGAUAACCACGCCACCGCUCUACUCGUCUUCCCUCUACCACGCUACCCUCUCUACAAGAUCCCCCCCCCACGCACCCCGUCUCCCACUCGUUCCCUCCUACAUCCACUCUAUUACCACGCCAUACCCCAGACCCCCCCGUCCUACUGCCUCUCCCUACACUCCCAUCUCCUCAAGAUACCCCAGCACCCCCGUUACCUGCUCUCCUUCCCCUACCACUCAUUCUCCAACACGCAUCACCCAUAUCCCCGUCCUACGUUUCCCUCCACACGUCACUUUAACACACGCAUACCACGCACACGUCCUAUCCUUCCCUCUAACACGCCUCAUCCCUUACAACGUACCCCCCACCACCGCCUACUGUCUCCUCCCUACCCAGUCACUCCUCUACCACCAACGCCCAUACCACCGACCCCCCCGUCUAUGCCCUUCUCCACCUACAACCGUAUUUACAACGGCACCCCUCCCCCGCCGCCACCCGCUGCUAUGUUUUCCUACCACCCGUCCUUCUACAGCACUCACCAGACCCCGUCUCAUCGCCUCUCUCUACACACGCUAUUUAACCAGGUACCAGACCGUCCUACCUCGUCUUCCUCCACACCGAUACCCCACGACCUGCCCCGCCCGCCCCCCCGCGCCUUCACUCCGUCUCCCUCCCCUCACAGCUACCCGCCUCUCCUACAAACGAUCCCCCCCAGCACCCACCCCGUCCUACAUGUCCCCUUCCCCUACCGCUAUUCUCAUCCUAACCACCGCUCCACCCCCAGACCGUCUCUAAUCGCUUCCCUCCUCACCACGUAUUCCUACCACACGCCGUACCCCAGACCCACCGCUCCCCUUCGCUCCUUCCCUCCCACCCACUAUUUAACAGAGCCCUACCAGCCCAUCCCCCCGUCUCCACUCCGUCUCCUACACCGUACCUCCUCUACAACGCCCGUCACCCAGACCGCUCUACUGCCCUUUCCCUACACCCGCCUACUUAAAGAUCCCACCCAGACCGUCUCCAUGCUCUCUCCUACCAGCUCCAUCUCUUCUACACACCCGAAUCCCACCCCACCGACCCCCGCCUCUACUCCGCCUCCUCUCCUCAGUAUCCUCUACACAGACUCCCCCACGCACCCCCGUCCUCGAUGUUUCUUUCUCCCCUCACCCACCCCCAAUACCCAGACCCCGCUCUUCGCCCUUUCUUCCUACACCCGCUACCCAUUUAACCCCGAG